AUGCUUCUCAACCCCCGAACUCUGGCUCUGGCCGCGCUUUUCUCCACACUGGUCACUGGUCGGCCUUUUGACUCACCAAAACCACUCGACAUUGGUCGACGCGACAAGAGCUAUUCGGUUGUCAAUGUUGGUGGAGAUUCAUCAACUCCAGUGCCUGCGACAGCCACUUCGGUGAUUGAGACGACAAAGACUGUCGAAGUCGUCGGUCCGGGAGCAACAGUCACUCAGGAAGUUACUGCAACUGUCAUCAAGCCUCAGCCGGCGCCAGCACCGACAACCAGCUGCAGCUCGAGCAGCGCAUCGAAGUCUUCGUCUUCGUCAACACCCGCUCCGACAACGACGUCGACGUCGACUCCGGGAGGAUCUUCAUCAAUUCCCAAUCCGUCGGUACCUUCAUCAACAUCCAUCGCAACAUCAACCAUCUCAAGCUCGUUCUCUAGUAGCAUCUCGACACCAAUCGAGACGCCGAAGCCAAUAUUCGUUACCGUCACAAUAUCGAAGGACGAUGGUCCUACCGAGUACUAUGACGAUGGCAUGUGGCACACCUACUACCGCAUCAAAACGUUCGAGGCUGCCGCAGUGGUCACGGCGGCCCCGUAG